CGAUCCCUCUCCACGGUGUUCCUUUAACUGCGGUCCCACCCCGCUCGCUUCCCGGGCCGCAGGCCGGGGGCGGUGCGCGCUCCGCGCCAUGGCGGGCGCUGCGGCCCGGGGCCCGCUGCCGCUGCCCUGCCUGCCGCUCCUGCCGCUGCUCCUGCCGCUGCUCCUGCCGCUGCCGGCCGCCAGCGCCGAGCCCCAGCUGCGCUUCAGGCCGCCGGCCGAGGCCCCCGUGCGGCUCUUCACCGAGCCCGAGCUGGCCAGAUACGACGGGCAGCAGGAAGGACAGCCCAUCUACCUGGCGGUGAAGGGAGUAGUGUUUGAUGUCACCUCUGGAAAAGAAUUUUAUGGAAAAGGAGCCCCAUACAAUGCUUUGGUUGGAAAAGACUCAACAAGAGGAGUUGCAAAGAUGUCUCUGGAUCCAGCAGAUCUUACACAUGACACAACAGGACUCACAGAGGAGGAACUGAAGUCCCUGGAUGACAUCUUCAAUAAUGUUUAUAAAGCCAAAUAUCCAAUUGUUGGCUAUACUUCUCGGCGAAUUCUGAAUGAGGAUGGCAGCCCCAAUCUGGACUUUAAACCUGAAGAUCAGCCACAUUUCAGCAUUAAAGAUGAGUUUUGAGGAACAUUUUUGUACCUAGAGAAUGCCUGGGCAGAGGCACAGCAGAACAUUAAAUUAAUUCCCUGUGUUGUGGAGUUCAUUACUACAAGUAGCUACCAUGAGUCAGUUCUCUGCUCAGAAAAUAAGUGUGUAUGUACACACAUAGCAUAGAGGAAACGAACAGAUCUGUAGUAGAGUCAUACACCUGGGCUGUUUGCUGGGAAUUACAGGAAUUAUUUAACCUGCAAGUUCUUUCUGCCAGGAUUUCUCUGUUAAGAAGUGUAUAAUGUAAAACUACGUUCCUUAGAAGAAAGAAGAAAGCUUUUAAUAAUUGAAAUAUGAGUGGUCUUUUUGUAAAUCCCAAGUUGUUUCCCACUCCUUGGAAAAGUGUAAGUUAAUCAUCUGGACAAGCUAACAUCAAUUCUCUGUGCUUCAUGUGGAUGUAGGUAUCACAAGUGCAGACAGGUGCAACACAUGACAUACAGGCUUAUAAGCACAAAAGCAUUAUGGAGUGUAAUAUUUGAUGGGUUUGAGAAUACUGGAUAUAAAGCCACUCAGUCUCCUCAAAUGCAGUUACUGUGGAGUAUUUCUACAAAGCCUACAGCUGUAAACUGAGAAAAAUAAAUCUUUUUUCCCCCAUGAGGACUACUGUGACAUUUUAAAUAAGACUGUUACGUUAGGUUUGGAUAAAUGACACUUUACUUUUUAAAAAUAAUUAUCAAAGAUGUUAUCUAUAUUAGAUUAUGAUGAUUUCGUUCUGCCUUUCUCCAAUCUUUCUCUGACAAAAAGAGGAAAUCAUAGCCCCCUGUUUGUCACAUACUCUUACAGCACAGGUUUAUUGUAGCAGCUUAGUGUCCUGUGAACAUUGUUAUGUCCUGUGAGCAUUUUUAUAUUAACAAUUUCAGAUCUCAUUUUUUAUGUCUCUUAGUUUUUCUUUGUUCUUACCCUGGCUUCAUCACUGCUGUUUUAAUGAAGCGUGCAGUGCCAUGUUCCUCUUCCUCUUAACCUGAUACAGAACUGCAGAUCCUGCAGUGUGAAAGCAGACCCCCUUGGUGACAUUUCCCUGGCAGCCUUCCAGCAACAAGAGGACUGUAAAAUCCUGAGCUGUAUAAAUUGCUGCUAACCCCUGACUUUCACUAACUUAAGUAGAAUGUGAAUUGUCCCAUAUGUGCAUUUAUCUGUCACUGUCACCAUUUUGAUUAAUAUGGGAAAAACUAAACAGCUGCUUCUGAUUCUGUAUUAAUAAUGCAGAUAUAAUAAAAAUAGGAUUCGGUAUUGUUGUGCUAUUUCUUAAGCAUUUUGGUAACUUUCUAUGAAGGGAAGAUUUUAUUAGAUGAUUCUCCACUUUCUAGCUUGCAGAGGACAGCUGCCUGUCUGUUGAAUAACUAGAAAAGCUGUUUCUAUGUAUUUGCCCAUUCUUUCACAGUGUUACAGAUUUUAUUCUAGAUUUGUUCUGUUUCUCACCAUCAGACCACUUCAUUUGCAGGAGGGACUUCGGGGACCCUCCCACUGUUGGAUGGUGCUCUGAGAAGAAAAAAUAAAUCAGCAUCUAAGAAAUUA